AUCGCAAAAUGUCUCCGCCCGGCACCAGAGUUGCGAAGCCAGUCUUCUUGGGGAUAACUUCUGCGCUGUUUGCACUCUGCCUGUUAUGUUCCCUGGUCCGCUUUUACAUCCGGCUGGCCGUGCAGAGGGAAUUCGGCUACGAUGACGGCUGGCUUAUCGUUGGCCUUUGCUGCCUUAUUGGUGGCAUGAUAACGAUCUAUGUAUCGAUAGAUCUCAUGUAUGAAAUGCAGGCUGUCGCGCAAAUGGCCGCCACGGGAAUGACCACAAUACCCACUACGCCCGAAGAAGCUGCGAUGCUAGCUACUAUGCUCCGCAAAACCUUAGAAUUCCGCAGGUUGGCGGCAGCAUCGACCACCCUUGUCUGGGCCACUAUAUGCUCAGUCAAGUUCAGUUUCCUCGCCUUGUUCAAGCGGUUGAUCAGGCAAAUGCCGCGCUUGAUGCAGUUUUGGUGGGCGGUAACGGUUGUGAAUGCCGCCAUUGCCGUAUAUGGAGUCACUGUCUUUUUCAUCGCGUGUCCGAAUUUUACGGAGAAGGAUUUGGUACAGAAAAUGGCGUCAUGUAAAUCCGGAGCUGCGAUGGCCCGCCAAAUCAACCACGCGACGGCCCAUAUGGUACUGGAUAUUUUUGGCGAUCUGCUUAUUCUCACAAUUCCCGUCGUCAUCCUGUGGCAAAUCCGCAUCCCUUUAUCUCAAAAGGUCGGUCUAGGCUUCACCCUAUGCUUGACCAUUAUCAUGAUCGCCGUGACUGCCGGACGCAUGAUCGGUCUCAAGUACCAAGGCCAACUCGAACACAUCUGGGAAACUCUUUUCCUAGCAGCUUCGGGGGAGAUUGGCUUGAUUCUGGUCUCCGCGUCGGCGUUCCGCUCACUGUAUAUCUCCAAGAUCAGAGUCAAAGAUCGAGGGCAUCAGACCAUUACUACUCUGAACUGGUAUCACAGGAGCAGAUCGGCUUUCCGCAGGAUGGCUGGCUCGGAAUCGGAUCAACCGCGGACGACUGUUCUGGUUCGCGAUGGAUCGGAGGAAGUGAAGGAUGGGGAACGCAUCGGUGGGAAAAUCCCGGGAGCCACCAUGACUGGUAUUCGUACGUUCAUCGAUGGGAAUGGAAAAACAACCACGAUAGAUGUAGAAAAGCAAGAUCAAGAAAGCAUUUAGAUAUUGGUAGGCGGAGCGCCUCGUCAAUAUAUUUUCCACUUUAUGAUCCACCAAAAGCAUGAUUAUACGAACUCAUCUCACCGUUUGAACCUCGUGUUUCCGACUACCGACGGACUAACAACCAACUAAAGAGCAUCCAUAGAACCGAACGUUCGGUCUGACAACAUAUUCCGACAAUGACAACCCGAAUUUGGAAUCCCCACACCCUCCGCACAUCAGACCAUUCAAACCAUGUCUCCAAAACUCCCAUCCUUCGGACCCCAAAUGACGCAAUCACAUACCCAAUUUAUCCCUAUACCCGCGCCAUCCCUCACCAAUCAACCCAUUACAACACAAGUAAGCAGAGCAAAGCAUAACCUACGCCCGUAAGCUAAGCAACAAGGCGACCGUAAACAAGCCACAACAGCCGAAUGCUUAUUUUUCCCCUUAUCCUGUAGACUAGACACCGGAUCUUACCCGACGGAAUCAAACAAAGAAAGAAAGAAAGAACGAAAGGGAAUGGUACUUGGAACCGUCCCAAGAUACAUCAUAUCAGGUUGGAUUCCCUUCGUUAAUUUGUCCCAAAACGGACUGCUUUCUCCAUCAUUCUGUAUGUAUGCGAUUUACAUACUUU